AUGAUCACCGCUAUUAAUAACGGUGGAGCUGCCGUAGCUCCCGUGGGUCGUCAGGAUACGACAGGAGCAGUGGAUCUAAGGCUUCGCGACUGGGCCGACUCGACUCUGCAAGAAUGGACCAAGCAAGUCGAAGCUGACUGGAGAAGACAGCAGCACCGCGAAGGCAUGGCACGUCUGCGAACCCACAGGAGAAGCCAGCUUAAGUCCAUGCAAAACGAACGAGCACAACUUGAGCUCCAAUACAAUCAGUACCUUGCACAGUCGAAACGCGCGGCUACAAAACGCAACGAAAGCGAACUGAGUCAAGCAAUGAAUCGCCUCGUCCUUGAAAGUGACGCUCUUCGCACCGAAAACGUCGACCUCUGGAAAAGGCUCCAGCAACAUAAGCGCCUUUGUUCACUUACCGAACAAGGUCUGAACGAUUUUCGCACUGAAAAUAACGAUGCAAGCAAUGAAAACGUGUACGAAGCCAGUCAAAAGUCUCAGUGGACAACCCGUUCCCAUGAUUUGGGUUGGCGUGUGCAUUUCCGACACAGCGAGUCCUCUUUCUUCUUUCAUCCCUUCGCACGAGAGCAGUUCGAAGAUGUUAUUACGCAAACGAAGGAUAGUUUGGACAAUAAUCUACCGCAUAUUAAGCGGGUGGGGACGCUGUUCGGCUGGAGUAUGCAUUACGCUCCUCCUACUCAAAGGGAGGACCAGUCUGUCCUCACUCAAGCUAGAUUUACUACUCGAUUCGCCUGUUCGUUGGAUGAUAUGAACAACACGAUACGAACGUCGAAAGUGGCAGCACUACCUUUGAUUGUGACACCUCCCGAUUGGGAUCGCUCUCAACGCAAUAAAGCGAGUACGCAAGUUCUCCAGGAGAUCGAAAAAGAUGCGUACGUGAUGGCGUGUAACAUUCCUGGCCCAGUUCAUUUGCGCUAUCUCUAUUUUCUACGUCGAUUGUCUCGUACUAUGGCUAAUGGAAUGCGCAAGGUUUUCUUCGUCCAAGUGGUCGCUAGCAGUAAGGAAAAUGAGCGAAGCCGAGCCGCGGAAGAACCGCAAGAUGAAGUCGAAUGGGUACAAGGAGGAGGCACGUUCGUAACCCUGACGGAGGUGGAUGAAGGGACCGUAGAUCUUAGCUACGACCACUGGGCGAGUUGCCAAGAUGAUCGCCAUGCGCAGAAUCUCUUUUUUCAGUGGGCCCAAUUCCUUUCCCGAUGGUCACAGCAAGUCAUGCUGUCUCGGCUUCUUGAGCCUGGAGAGGAGGAAUCCGGGCGUAGUGGGACAACGUUUUAGAGAGAAGUAGAGAGGUACGUUACCAUAUUGGUUUAGCUGUGUCUAUACGGAGUAUUGAGAAGGAUUAUAACAACUAUACGCCCAUUCCUCUUUCUUUGAAAUUGAUAUAGUCUUGACCACCA